GCUGAGUGUCUGCGAGCCGUUGGCUGCUCUGAACCGUUUUGGCUCCUUCCCUUAGUAACAGCUUUAACAUUCUGCCUCAAUUCCUCUUCAAUCUAAAUCACACACACACACACUCACAUACAGACACAGAGAUUACUUUUUUUAUUACCCUCCUCCUCCUUUCCUCGGGACUUAAUCUGUAAUCUCUCCCCUCCUCCUUCUCUUCCUCCUCCCAGAAACCUUUCUGGUUUUAUUUUAUUUUUCCCCCCCAAUCCCCACCCCCAACACUUACACACACUUACACACACACACAGAGGCUUGGGAUAUAAUUGAAUACCUUGCAUUCUUGGUGUGACUAUUUGUGGUUCUUUCCCUUCCCCCCUUCUUUCCCCACCAUUAUUAUUUUCUUGGGUUUGCAAAAAAAUAAUAAUAUAUAUGUUGCUGCAUUGGUAACAGACCCUAUCUAUGGUUUCCUUUUUUUCCCUCCCCCUUCCGUUGCAAAAUAAAGGAGGAGGGGGUGAGAAUAGACAGCGAGGCAUCCAUUGCAAGUAUCAUCUUCUUGUGAUUGGAGGCUCCUAAUAGGAAACCUUCCACCCAUCAAUGCUCUGCCAAUGGUGGUGUAAUUUCAAGGGCUGUACUGCUGCCACAUCACAGUUUUGUGAGGUUUCAGAGAGUAGUUCUGGGUAUUAUCCUUUGUCGUGACCUCAUGGUUUAAGUGGACAUAAAGAUGAGUAUAAGCAGUGAUGAGGUUAACUUCCUCGUAUAUAGAUACUUGCAAGAGUCCGGGUUUUCUCAUUCAGCAUUUACCUUUGGUAUCGAGAGUCAUAUCAGCCAGUCUAACAUCAACGGUGCUUUGGUGCCCCCAGCUGCUUUGAUAUCCAUUAUCCAGAAAGGCUUGCAGUAUGUAGAGGCAGAAGUCAGUAUUAAUGAGGAUGGUACGUUAUUUGACGGUAGGCCGAUAGAAUCGCUCUCGCUGAUAGACGCCGUGAUGCCGGAUGUAGUACAAACAAGGCAGCAGGCCUAUAGAGACAAGCUCGCACAGCAGCAGGCGGCAGCGGCGGCGGCAGCAGCUCCAACAAAUCCACAGGGGUCCGCCAAAAAUGGCGAAAAUACUGCGAAUGGAGAAGAAAAUGGAGCCCACACUAUAGCAAAUAAUCAUACGGAUAUGAUGGAAGUGGAUGGUGAUGUUGAAAUCCCUCCCAACAAAGCAGUGGUGCUACGCGGACAUGAAUCUGAAGUGUUCAUCUGCGCCUGGAACCCUGUUAGUGACCUUCUGGCCUCAGGAUCUGGAGAUUCUACAGCAAGAAUAUGGAACCUCAGUGAAAACAGUACCAGUGGAUCAACACAGCUCGUCCUUCGGCAUUGUAUACGAGAAGGAGGUCAAGAUGUACCGAGCAACAAAGAUGUGACUUCCCUGGAUUGGAAUAGCGAAGGUACACUUCUAGCGACGGGGUCAUAUGAUGGAUUCGCAAGGAUAUGGACUAAAGAUGGUAACCUUGCCAGCACGUUAGGGCAACAUAAAGGUCCCAUAUUUGCAUUAAAAUGGAACAAGAAAGGCAACUUCAUUUUAAGUGCAGGUGUGGAUAAGACCACAAUUAUUUGGGAUGCCCAUACUGGAGAAGCCAAACAGCAGUUUCCUUUCCAUUCUGCACCAGCAUUAGAUGUUGACUGGCAGAGCAACAACACAUUUGCCUCCUGUAGCACAGAUAUGUGUAUUCAUGUCUGUAAGUUAGGCCAAGAUAAACCCAUCAAAACCUUCCAGGGCCACACAAAUGAAGUAAAUGCAAUCAAAUGGGAUCCCACUGGUAAUCUUUUGGCAUCUUGUUCUGACGACAUGACUUUAAAGAUCUGGAGUAUGAAACAAGAUAAUUGUGUCCACGAUCUACAAGCACACAACAAAGAAAUUUAUACUAUCAAAUGGAGUCCUACGGGGCCAGGAACAAACAACCCAAACGCCAAUCUUAUGUUAGCAAGUGCAUCCUUCGAUUCUACGGUUAGAUUAUGGGAUGUAGACCGAGGCAUCUGCAUCCACACCUUGACGAAACAUCAAGAACCUGUGUACAGUGUAGCUUUCAGUCCUGAUGGCAGGUACCUGGCCAGUGGCUCUUUCGACAAAUGUGUACACAUCUGGAAUACACAGACGGGUGCUCUAGUGCAUAGUUACCGGGGAACAGGAGGCAUUUUUGAGGUUUGCUGGAAUGCAGCAGGAGACAAAGUUGGAGCAAGUGCUUCAGAUGGUUCAGUUUGUGUACUAGACCUACGGAAAUAGCGCUACUAGUUGGAAGCCAUGGACCGACUAUGAAUGUGUACAUAGCCAAAAUGACUGUCCCCUUGACCCAUGUACUGCUAUAGUCCCAAUUGAACCAUGGCCAGUCCACUACAGCCAAACCUGAAAGAAUUAUAUACAUAUACUGAAUAUUAAAAAGCAACGCAAAUGAUUACACCCUGAAGAAGAUGACAGAGUUUUGUCACAGCUUGUGAAGCCUGUUCACCAAGUGCUGGAAUCUGCUGUGCCCCCCAAAAAUAAUAUGUAAGCAUUCUGGAUAUGGGGGGAAAUAACAGGACAAGAGAGAAACCUAACUGUAUAUGAGCAGCCCAUUGAGUUCACCGUAACUGGGGAAACUACAUAUGGCUGCCUUUCUCCCCACUCCUCCUCACCUUCACCCUUCUUAAAGUUUUGAAAGAUUGGGUUUUUUUCUUCCUCCUCCUCUUCCUUUUCGGCUUUCUUUCUCGGUAGGUGAUGAGCAAUUUUUGUGUACAGGGAAAAUGGACUUGCAUACUCUUUCGACAGUGAUUUGUUCCUUGUUCCUUCCCACCACCUUGUUUUUUUUUUAGUUUUUCUUGCUGCACAAAGCAAAGAGUGUGAAUCUGUUUGGUGAUGAUGGAGUUUUUUGUCAUUCAGAAUGGUGCCUGUUUUGGGGAGAGAGAGGAAAUCCUUUUACAUCAGUUCUUUUGAACUCAUGGUUUUUUUUUAAAGAUCUUGGCAUCUGUUGUGGAUUAUGUACUCACAAUUUAGACGGGGAGGGAGGAGGACAAGCAGAAUUUUAGCAACAUUACGUCCGACAUUCCUUUGCAUUUUGAGAUCCAGUAGUUUUAAGAGCUCACAGAAGAAAAGUAGAUUCUUUUGGACUGUGACUGUUCCAAAAAAGCAGAAAUUCCUUACUGUAGAUCAUUUCUGCCACAAGUAAAAGGGUACAAUCACAAAGAUCUUAAGACCAUGUUAUAAAGACCUGAUUUUUGGAACAUACACAGUGCUAGAACCAGAUUUAUGGUCAUCAUGGAUUGGAUUUUAAGAACCUGUGCAUAAAGAGCUCACUGUACAUAAUUCCUGAUCUAUACCUCUUGGCACAAGGAAAGAGCUUUGCAAACUUGCUUUUUUUGGAUUACAUGUUCCAGAAUCUCCUAUCCAGCAUGUCUAUUGGCCACUGCAAUUCUGGGAGUUGUAGUAGUACAAGUGAGCUUUUCCAGGCUCUGCUCAAGGUGUCGGUCUUCAUUCAGGAGGCUUCCUCCAUUGCAUGUACAUUCCAGAAAUCAGCAUAGGACUAUAGAAACGAGAAUUGGAUCCCCCUUUCCUUUGGAAACAUAAUUGCAUCCAAAACAGCGGAGAAAAGAAAUUGGUUCAUCUUAACAUUCAUCUGGGCCAGUGUUUUUCCGCUAUAACUUCUGUGAGAGUUUUGCCCAUUCUUAGUAUAGUAUAACGAAAAAACAAGUUGAAAAUGUUUUGAUUUUUGGGUGUGUGUGUGUUUUUUUAAUCUUUUGUACAACAACAACAAAAUAUUUUGACAUCUAUUUUGCUGCCACUUCUGGAAUGAGACAGGUUUAUUCUGUUAAGGUACUCAUUCACUGGAAACUUUCUCUGUUGAAAACAUAUUGACAUAAACAACGUGCAAGAGCAUUGUGUUGGUGUGAAGUUCCCGGUGAAUCAUUCCCCCCUUAAUUUGGAAGUGAACAGAAAAGAGCAAGGUGGGGGAGCGUGGGGGAAGCUGGCCACAAAGGACUUGCUUUAAGUCUGUUUUAAUCCUGAGCAAUUGACCUUCCAUAAAGGAAAAUUAUGUCUUCUGCUAAUUUCGCCCUGGUGCUCCUGCCUCAUAAUUUUUGUAUAUGCUUGUGAUAUUUCCUCCCAUUGCAAUACACCCACAUUUAGGAUGAAUGGUAGCUGCUAUUGUUUUUAUGAUAGUGAAAUAAUUAUGAUCACUACUCCAAUGUUUUUUGUUUCUAAUAGCAGAUACUGCUUCUCCUUUCUUCACUGCGACAUACACUUCUAACACGUUGAGAUAGACAUAAUACCCGAAGCAGUGUCUUUGUAAGGGUAUACCAUGGAAA